AUGAUCGGAGUUUGGUUGAGACUGAGGGUGUCGGAUGGGGGAGUACCACUCAUGAUAGAGCGGGCUAAAUAAUAUACUAUUUUGGAAGACAUUGGAGAUAUUUCUAGUGGACACCGAUACAUCAUUAUUCGCGUUUCCUUUGCAAACUGCAACCAGGAAGCCAACUGAGUUGUGCUCCCGGCCGGCAGCAGUGAUGUCACAACGCAGUGGACAGGAAGACCCGGAGCGGUACCUGUUUGUGGACCGCGCCGUGGUCUACAACCCGGCCACGCAGGCCGACUGGACCGCCAAGAAGUUGGUGUGGAUCCCCUCGGAGCGCCACGGGUUUGAGGCCGCCGGUAUCCGAGAGGAGCGCGGGGAUGAGGUGGUGGUGGAGCUGGCGGAGAAUGGGAAGAAGGCGGUGGUGAACAAGGACGACAUCCAGAAGAUGAACCCUCCCAAGUUCAGCAAGGUGGAGGACAUGGCGGAGCUCACCUGCCUCAACGAAGCCUCGGUGCUCCACAACCUGAAGGACCGCUACUACUCUGGACUCAUCUAUACAUACUCUGGUCUCUUCUGCGUGGUCAUCAACCCCUACAAGAACCUGCCCAUCUAUUCAGAGAACAUCAUUGAGAUGUAUAGGGGCAAGAAGAGGCACGAGAUGCCCCCCCACAUCUACGCCAUAUCAGAGUCCGCAUACAGAUGCAUGCUGCAAGAUCGAGAGGACCAAUCAAUUCUUUGCACAGGUGAGUCGGGCGCUGGCAAGACGGAGAACACCAAGAAGGUCAUCCAGUACCUGGCACACGUGGCCUCCUCACACAAAGGGAGAAAGGAGCACAACGUUCCUCCAGAGUCCCCUAAACCAGUGAAACCACAGGAACAAAAUCCAGUUAGUGGACCCCUGUUUUAUGGAGAAUUGGAGCGUCAACUUUUACAAGCAAAUCCAAUCCUAGAAUCUUUUGGGAAUGGCAAGACUGUUAAAAACGACAACUCGUCACGUUUCGGAAAAUUCAUUCGAAUCAACUUUGACGUAACCGGAUACAUUGUGGGUGCCAACAUCGAAACUUACCUACUGGAGAAGUCCCGGGCCAUCCGUCAAGCCAAAGACGAGCGCACCUUCCACGUCUUCUACCAGCUCCUGGCCGGGGCUGGAGAGCACCUCAAGUCGGACCUGCUUCUGGAUGGGUUCAGCAGCUACCGCUUCCUAUCCAACGGCAACCUCACCAUCCCUGGGCAGCAGGACAAGGACAACUUCCAGGAGACCAUGGACGCCAUGAACAUCAUGAGCUUCUCCCACGAGGAGAUACUGUCAAUGUUGAAAGUGGUAUCUUCAGUGCUGCAGUUUGGCAACAUCAUCUUCAAAAAGGAGAGGAACAGCGACCAGGCUUCUAUGCCCGAGAACACAGCGGCCCAGAAGCUGUGUCACCUGCUGGGGUUGAACGUGAUGGAGUUCACCAGGGCCAUUCUCUCCCCCAGGAUCAAAGUGGGAAGGGACUAUGUUCAGAAGGCCCAGACCAAGGAACAGGCAGACUUUGCGGUGGAGGCCCUGGCGAAGGCCACCUAUGAGCGGCUGUUCCGCUGGCUGGUGCACCGCAUCAACAAGGCCCUGGACCGGACCAAGAGGCAGGGCGCCUCCUUCAUCGGCAUCCUGGACAUCGCCGGCUUUGAGAUCUUCCAGCUGAACUCUUUCGAGCAGCUGUGUAUCAACUACACCAACGAGAAGCUGCAGCAGCUCUUCAACCACACCAUGUUCGUCCUGGAGCAGGAGGAGUACCAGCGGGAGGGCAUUGAGUGGAGCUUCAUCGACUUUGGCCUGGACCUGCAGCCCUGCAUCGACCUCAUCGAGAGGCCGGCUAACCCCCCGGGGGUGCUGGCCCUGCUGGACGAGGAGUGCUGGUUCCCCAAGGCCACGGACAAGAGCUUUGUGGACAAGCUGACCCAGGAGCAGGGCACACACACCAAGUUCCAGAAGCCGCGCCAGCUCAAAGACAAGGCCGACUUCUGCAUUAUCCACUAUGCCGGCAAGGUGGACUACAAGGCAGACGAAUGGCUGAUGAAAAACAUGGACCCUCUGAACGACAACGUUGCCACACUCCUGCACCAAUCAACUGACAAGUUUGUGACGGAACUGUGGAAGGACGUGGACCGCAUCGUGGGCCUGGACCAGGUGGCUGGCAUGGGCGACACAGCGUUCGGCGCCACCUACAAGACCAAGAAGGGCAUGUUCCGCACGGUGGGCCAGCUGUACAAGGAGUCCCUGACCAAGCUCAUGGCCACGCUGAGGAACACCAACCCCAACUUUGUCCGCUGCAUCAUCCCCAACCACGAGAAGAAGGCUGGUAAGCUGGAGCCCCACCUGGUCCUGGACCAGCUCCGGUGUAACGGGGUUCUGGAGGGGAUCCGCAUCUGCAGACAGGGCUUCCCCAACCGCAUCGUCUUCCAGGAGUUCAGGCAGAGAUAUGAGAUCCUGACUCCCAAUGCUAUCCCUAAGGGAUUUAUGGAUGGCAAACAGGCCUGUGAAAGAAUGAUCCGAGCCCUGGAGCUGGACCCCAACCUGUUCCGGAUCGGCCAGAGUAAGAUCUUCUUCAGGACCGGGGUCCUGGCCCAUCUAGAGGAGGAGCGGGACCUCAAGAUCACCGACAUCAUCAUCACCUUCCAGUCCGUGUGCCGCGGAUACCUGGCCCGCAAGGCCUUCUUCAAGAAGCAGCAGCAGCUGAGCGCCCUGAAGGUCCUCCAGAGGAACUGCGCCGCCUACCUGAAGCUCAGGCACUGGCAGUGGUGGAGGCUGUUCACCAAGGUGAAGCCCCUGCUGCAGGUGACCAGGCAGGAGGAGGAGAUGCAGGCCAAAGACGAAGAGCUGGUCAAGGUGAAGGAGAGGCAGCUGAAGGUGGAGAACGAGCUGCUGGACAUGGAGAGGAAACAUCAGCAGAUCGUGGAGGAGAAGAACAUCCUGGCGGAGCAGCUGCAGGCGGAGACGGAGCUGUUUGCCGAGGCGGAGGAGAUGAGGGCCCGCCUGGCCGCCAAGAAACAGGAGCUGGAGGAGAUCCUGCACGACCUGGAGUCCCGGGUCGAGGAGGAGGAGGAGCGCAACCAGAUCAUGCAGAACGAGAAGAAGAAGAUGCAGUCUCACCUCCAGGACCUGGAGGAGCAACUGGAUGAGGAGGAGGCCGCCAGACAGAAGCUCCAGCUGGAGAAGGUCACGGCGGAGGCCAAGAUCAAGAAGAUGGAGGAGGACCUCCUCUCGCUGGACGACUCAAACUCCAAGUUUCUCAAGGAGAAGAAGCUGCUGGAGGAAAGGGUGGGUGAGAUGUCCUCCCAGCUGACGGAGGAGGAGGAGAAGGCCAAGAACCUGGGCAAGAUGAAGAACAAGCAGGAGAUGAUGAUGGUGGACCUGGAGGAGCGGCUGAAGAAGGAGGAGAAGACCAGGCAGGAGCUGGAGAAGGCCAAGCGGAAGCUGGACGCGGAGACCACGGACCUCCAGGAGCAGAUCGCUGAGCUGCAGGCCCAGGUGGAGGAGCUGAAGACCCAUCUGGCCAAGAAGGAGGAGGAGCUGCAGGCGUCUCUAGCCAGGAGCGACGAGGAGAACAGCCAGAAGAACAUCGCACUGAAGCAGGUCCGCGAGCUCCAGGCCGCGCUAGGGGAGCUGCAGGAGGACCUGGAGUCGGAGAAGGUCUCCCGGGGCAAGGCGGAGAAGCUGAAGCGGGACCUGGGAGAGGAGCUGGAGGCGCUGAAGACGGAGCUGGAGGACACGCUGGACACCACCGCCGCCCAGCAGGAGCUCAGGACCAAGCGGGAGCAGGAAGUGGUGGAGCUGAAGAAGGCCAUCGACGAGGAGACCCAGAACCACGAGGCCCAGGUCCAGGACAUGAGGCAGAGGCACGGCACGGCCCUGGAGGAGCUGUCUGAGCAGCUGGAGCAGGCCAAAAGGUUCAAAGCCAACCUGGAGAAGAGCAAGCAGGGGCUGGAGACGGAGAACAAGGAGCUGAGCAGCGAGGUGAAGGGCCUUCAGCAGGUGAAGGGCGAGUCGGAGCACCGGAGGAAGAAGCUGGAGGCCCAGCUCCAGGAGUUCACGGCCCGGGCCGCCGAGGGGGAGAGGGCCAAGGGAGAGCUGGCGGAGCGCUCCCACAAGCUGCAGCUUGAACUGGACAAUGUGUCUGCCUUGCUGGAAGAGGCAGAAAAGAAGGGCCUCAAACUAGCCAAGGACACCAGCAGUCUGGAGGGCCAGUUGCAGGACACACAGGAGCUGCUCCAGGAGGAGACGCGGCAGAAGCUGAACGCCGGCACUCGGGUGCGGCAGCUGGAGGAGGAGAAGAGCACCCUGCUGGAGCAGCAGGAGGAGGAAGAGGAGGGCCGUCGCAACCUGGAGAAGCAGCUGCAGAGCCUGCAGGCCCAGCUGUGUGAGGCCAAGAAGAAGCUUGAUGAGGACCUGGGCAACCUGGAGUGUCUGGAGGAGGCCAAGAGGAAGCUCCAGAAGGAGGCCGAACUCACCGUUCAGCGGCUGGAGGAGAAGUCCAUGGCCCUGGACAAGAUGGACAAGACCAGGACCCGGCUGCAGCAGGAGCUGGACGACCUCAUGGUGGACCAGGACCACCUCCGGCAGAUCGUCUCCAACCUGGAGAAGAAGCAGAAGAAGUUUGACCAGAUGCUGGCGGAGGAGAAGACCAUCUCUGCGCGCUACGCCGAGGAGCGUGACCGCGCGGAGGCGGAGGCCCGGGAGAAGGAGACCAAGGGCCUGUCCAUGACCCGGGCCCUGGAGGAGGCUCUGGAGGCCAAGGAGGAGCUGGAGCGCUUCAACAAGCAGCUGCGGGCCGAGAUGGAGGACCUGAUGAGCUCCAAGGACGACGUCGGCAAAAACGUCCACGAGCUGGAGAAGUCGAAGCGGACCCUGGAGCAGCAGGUGGAGGAGAUGCGGGUGCAGCUGGAGGAGCUGGAGGACGAGCUGCAGGCCACGGAGGACGCUAAGCUGCGCCUGGAGGUCAACAUGCAGGCCAUGAAGGCCCAGUUCGACCGCGACCUGCUGGCCCGCGACGAGCAGGGGGAGGAGAAGAAGAGGGCCCUGGUCAAGCAGGUGCGGGAGAUGGAGGCUGAGCUUGAGGAUGAGAGGAAGCAGAAGGCUCUGGCCGUGGCCGCCAAGAAGAAGCUGGAGCUGGACCUGAACGAGCUGGAGGGACAGAUCGAGGGUGCCAACAAGGCCCGCGACGAGGCCAUCAAACAGCUCCGCAAACUGCAGGCCCAGAUGAAGGACUACCAGAGGGAGCUGGAGGAGGCCCGGGCCUCCAGGGACGAGAUCUUUGCCCAAUCCAAGGAGAACGAGAAGAAACUCAAGAGCCUGGAGGCGGAGGUCCUGCAGCUACAGGAGGACCAUGCGUCCUCAGAGAGGGCCCGUCGCCAUGCUGAACAGGAGAGGGAUGAAUUGGCUGAUGAGAUCUCCAACAGCGCCUCUGGAAAGUCCUCGCUGCUGGACGAGAAGAGGAGGCUGGAGGCCCGUAUCUCCCAGCUAGAGGAGGAGCUGGAGGAGGAGCAGGGAAACACAGAGCUGCUCAAUGACCGCUUCAGGAAGAGCAACCUGCAGGUGGACGGUCUUAACACAGAGCUCACCGCUGAGCGCAGCGCCUCCCAGAAGAGCGACAACGCCCGGCAGCAGAUGGAGCGCCAGAACAAGGAGCUGAAGGCCAAGCUGGGGGAGCUGGAGGGAACCAUCAAGUCCAAGUUCAAGGCCUCCAUCACCGCCUUGGAAGCCAAGAUCCUGCAGCUGGAGGAGCAGAUGGAGCAGGAGGCAAAGGAGAGAGCUGCAGCCAAUAAGAUUGUCCGCCGCACAGAGAAGAAGCUAAAGGAGGUGGCUCUGCAGGUGGAGGACGAGCGUCGCCAUGCCGACCAGUACAAGGAGCAGGGGGAGAAGGCCGCCUCCCGCAUGAAGCAGCUGAAGCGGCAGCUGGAGGAGGCGGAGGAGGAGGCCACGCGGGCCAACGCCUCCCGCAGGAAGCUGCAGCGCGAGCUGGACGACGCCGGCGAGGCCAGCGAGGGGCUUACCCGCGAGCUCAACUCCCUGAAGAACCGCAUCAGGCGUGGGGGUCCGGUCAGCAGCUUCUCCUCGGGGCGGUCCGGCCGCCGUAACCUGAACCUGGACGGGGCGUCGGUGGACCUGUCGGACGACGACGCAGACAGCCGCACCAGCGACCUCAACGACACGCAGGCCUCCAACGUCGAGUAAGAAGCCCCGCCUCCGCCCGCUCCAAGCCACGCCCCCCAAUGUAUCAACUCUCCAGGAAGACCCCACUUCUACAAGGCCCCGCCCCCCCCCCCCCCCCCCCCGCGACCGGAGGAGCUCCGUGGCGAGAGACGCUCUGCUUUGCGUUACUUUGUGGACACAAGCAGCUUGAUGUGUGUGUGGGCCGCGGUUCGAGCAGGCCUAGCGCCGGCCUACCGGGCAGCAUGCCGUGACCACCCCCCCCCCCCCCCUUCCUCCCCCAACAACCCGCGGUGGGAAACAGACAGCUCUGCCUUAUUCUACUUUACUCUACUCUAACGUUCUCUGUGGUGUUUUACUCUAACCUCCUCCUGCUACUUGCUGUGGCUCAGAGGGCCCUGCUCACCUGCUUCUCCCCCUAGAAUAGCCUGCUCCUCACUUCAGCCCCCUUACACACUGAGUGGUGUGAUCAGCACAACCACAACUUAGGUUUAGGUACAAAGUGCUUUUAUAUAUGUUUGUGUGUGUGUGUGUUUGAGUGUGUGUGUGUGUGUGUGUGUGUGUGAGUUUGUGAUGUAGGAGGAGGUUUGGGGUGUGGUGUAGGCGGAGGUUGUGAUGGUCUGUGAAGGCAUGCAGAAGGUACUUAACGUAUUAGUAUGUACUCUCGUCUGGAAACGCAGGAUAACAAGAAAAGCAUUUAUCAGCUAGUAUGAAAGGUAUUUUCUCAUUGGACCCGAACACACAACCACUCCCCCCCCCCACCGCCGAUUGGACCACUAUGCCCACUGCCUGCGCAAGUCCACUUCCAAUGUACAGACUUGGUCCUAGUUGUUCAUCUCAUCCAUCUCAACACAGCUGGAACCUUAACAUCUCUACACGCAUACAAAAAAACUGGAAACAAACAUGUCACCGUGAAAAUAGAAUGUGAAUCAUGUUUUUUGUUUUGUCAUUUUGUGUUGUUCAUCUCACAACAAUAUUACUUUUCAGGGGAACAGUGUGCAGGUUUGUUGUAGGAAUCAGACGUGACUCGUGGUUAACCAAUGCUUUAGCAAUAGACCUUGUUUUACAAAUGGGGUCACCCUAAGAGGCACCCGCUCUGCAAGGAGAAUUUAUGGAUGCGGAAAAAAACCUAAAAGAACUGCACAUUUUCUGGGCAACUGGAAUCCAGUAGAAUCAUAUGAUCCUCAACACUGCGUCCAACGUCAUUUUCCCAAACCAAUACAUGUCUUAAGACAGUUAUGACUUUACUAAGUACUGUAACAUAAGGGACUCAACUCGUCAUCAUUCAAGUGCUCGUCAUGUUCUGAGUGUCAACCACUAAUUCCAACACUAAUCCCAUACCAAGCGUGUGGGUUCUCUGGUCACACAGAACACUCCCGUUGACCUGGCAAGAAGGACCUCCUUCAGGAACUAGCUUUGGGAUAGCAAACUCUGAGAAUACAAGUGACUACGCAGCUUUGAAGCCAGGCGUGUGUUCUGGCAGGACGUUGGCAUAGGUGUUGCUACUGUGGUGGUCCCACAAUGUGAAAAGCGAACACGUGUGUACAACGGUAUUAUUUGAUCGUGUUCUCCCUGGUGUCUAUGAAGCAUUGGCACUGCAGCAACACUGGGAUGACGGUGGGUAGGUGGCCUCAGGAAGUGCCUUCAGACACUGAGCGAGGGCAUCAGCGAGCAGGGGAAGGGACCUGUGGUCAUCACGGCCCCCAACGGGAUGUACCAACGAGCUAUUGAAACCUUGUAUACUACUACCCUUUGGUUGCUGUUUUUAUUGCGUGUUAGUGGUCGGCCAUAUCAUAGCCAGUGCUACCUAUGCUGGGCAGGGUGAGCUCUCAGAAAACUCAGUAUUAUAUCAAUGCCAUUGUGGGCCUGAUGCGUUCAUUAUCUCUAUGUUGACACUUAACACCCCUCCCCGUUAACUCACUGAGGCAGGGGGAGAUAAUAAUUGCGUUGGGGAAAUGGGCCCUGCAUGUGUUGGUUUCAAGCUUUAACAUCUAGUAAGUAGUUAACUUGUUUUGAUUUUAUUAUUUUCUUUAGAUUUACAUUUCACUACAAAUACAUUUGACAGCACCCCGUACCCUAUAUUAUUUCUUGUAUUCCUGUAUUUCUAGAUGGCGUUUUUUAAGGAAAAUAAAGCAUAUUCAUUGUA